GGCGCACCGCGGCCUGCGAGCCUCUCAGCGCCGGCGGCCGGGCGCGCCAUGGCCUGGUGGGAGGGGGCGAGUCUCGCGAGAGGCCCGGCCUGCCCGCGGCGCGGCGUCAGCUAGAGGCGGCGGGGCCCUCGGAGGCUGGAUCAGGCUGCGGUUGAGGCACGUGACUGGGGCCGGCGGUUUGGUCCGAGGGUUCGAUGUUCUGAGGUAUCUACAGGGCUUCAGAUAUUUACCAGAACAUCUACUGUUUGGAGAACUAAACCUACUAGUCAGAGUUUUUGUGUACUACACUACUGCUGUCUUCUUUCUUGGUCUCUGUCCAGUAUGAAGGGUACGCAUAUGCCAUAAGGUCCCUCAUUCAAAGUCUUCAGAUGAAGAAAAUCCAAAAGCUGAAGUGUCAAAACACAGAGAAAAGCAUCAAGAUGUCAGUUACUCAGGUCAGGGGUGGAUCAGUCCGUAAAGCAAAGAAAAUUACUGUAAAAACAUCUUUAAAUAACCCAUAUGAUAUCAAGUGGAAUACCCUAGAAGGAGAUGAUAUGCACUUUAUACUCCAGACCUUGGAAGAAAGGAUUAAACAUAUUGGACUUAAAAAGAUUGAGACUCGAAGGAGGAAAAAGCGUUCUAUUGCAAAAAGGCAAAUUAAAGAAAAAUGUGAUGCUAGUGAUUGUAUUGUACGUCCACAGGAGAAGGAAACAGACCAUAUUCAACAAGAACAAGGAUGGACUGACUUAAACGUCAGGAAUCAGCUUGCUAUUGGAAUUAAUGAGGUUACUAGAUCUUUGGAAAAAAAUGAACUACUUCUAGUGCUGGUGUGUAAAUCUGCAAAACCUACUAUGAUCACCAUGCACCUUAUUCAGCUCAGUGCCAGUCGAGCAAUCCCAGCUGGCCAGGUUCCACGUCUUAGUGAAAGCAUAGCACCUAUGCUUGGCUUAACAUCUGUUCUAGCACUGGGUUUUAAAAAGAAUUCUGAUACUUUUACUGAAGUAGUAGAAGCUAUAAUUCCACGGAUACCUAGCUUGGAUGUGCCCUGGAUUCACCACGGAAGUGAGCAACCUAUGGCGGAGGCAUAUACUGAUCCUUUGGAAAUUCAAGAUACCGAGCUUAUGGAGACCUCAGUGGAGGAGUUCUCCCAAAGCCGUAAGUGGAAAUGUACUGAAAGCAAUAAGUCGGAUUCUUCAAAUGUAACUUUACAAGCUCUCAGAAUUAAAAAGCUUGUUCCAAAUCCAAAUAAGAUACGGAAACCCCCCAAAAAGAAAAAAGCUGCUUCAAAAUAACUUAGUUUAGUACAGGUCUUUACAGUGGAGUAAAGUGAUUAUUAUGCAGUAUUGGAAACUGCCCGAUGUAGCUAAGUUAGAUGCUUUUAAAUGUCAUGGCUUCACAUGUAAAGCCAAUUGACUAACAGAAGAUGAACUCAGAUUUGUUUUAUUCUGACAUUAAAGCAUGCAAUCUAUAAAAGUGUGCAUAAGUGUAACCACUUUCCUAAGAUGUGCUUAAUUAGUGUUUAGAGAGCCUGGGCUUAAAAGUAUGUGGUAUAGUUCUAGAAUGUGCACCUGCUAUUAAUGAAAAGCAUCAAGCAAAUUCUUUUGUUUUUAGGGAAUGAAUAUACUUAGAACAAAACUCUAAAAUUAAAUGUAACUAUUCAAACAAAUGAAUAUCAAAAUUGAAAGUUUAUUCAAACAAGUGUCCAUGCUGGUAUAAACUUUGUUUUUAAAAGCUGGUCGUCUAUAAGAUGUUUCAAGCAAACAUCUGUAACUGGUAGGCACACACACAGGCUCUGUUUUUGAAUGUCAAUACUCUGCUCUACGAGGUUGGUUUUGGUCAAGAGAUGCAAGCUAAACUGGUUUCCAGAUAUAUUUGGUCUCUGAUAUGCUAAAGGAAAACAUUAGUCUUGAUCAUAAUCAUGAAUAAUUAAAUACUUCUGUUGCAGGAAAAAAUGCAUUUUAAAAAAAGACUGCUGUAUGCAAACCGUGACAGUCUCUCACAGAAUCCACAUAAUACAAAGUUGAAGUUAAGUGUCAAAACUAUUUCAUAAAGGGAGAGUUUAGAAACUAUUUCCAAUAACUUCAGAUAUAUUUUAUGUACUGUUGUAUGUAAAAUGGCAGGUAAGAAUUGUAAUCAUACAAUCAUAGAAUAUCAGGUUUGGAAGGGACCUCAGGAAGUCAUCUAGUCAAACCCCCUGCUCAAAGCAGGACCAAUCCCCAACUAAAUCAUCCCAGCCAGGGCUUUGUCAAGCCUGACCUUAAAGUAAUAAUUCCAAGUAGCUGAAAAUGGUAUGAUACUUAACUCUUGAAGGGAAAUGCACUUUAAGAAACUGCCAUAGUAAACAGUAGAAUUUAAUGAGUGCACACACCAGAUAUUUUGCAGGAAAUUGUGUAAGGAUGUUUAGAAGCAGGGAACAGUGAAGCAGCUCAGACUCCAAUAAAAAAAAGUGUAUAAUUAAUCUCAACAAAAUAAAGUAGUUUACUUAGAGCUCACAUUUUACUCAAAAGCUACUCCUGUCCUUCAGGAAGAAAGCUAGCAAAAACCUCUUUCUUUAAGUGAGCCUGUGUUUAUUUUUUUUAAAUAGGGGAUAAACUUCCAUGUUCCAGGUCAAAGAUUAUCUAGGCUACCUGUAUUCUGGAUUCCACUUCUCCCUCCACUCAUGUACAAGUUAAGGGAACAAAUUAAAAAGGUCAAAAGCAGUGAUUCCAUCGUAAUGAGGCUAUUGGAAGGUUAAAUGUAGCAGAGGCUUCUAAUAGCAAAAUGCCCACAGGCCCCUGCCUGGGAAAAAAAAAGGCAGAUACUAAUUUUUAGCCUUGCUAUGUGUGUUCUUGGGGCUUGUCACUCAGGAAAGUUAAGAUGAAUCAACUAUAUUAAAGCACAUUACCACCCUUCCACCAAUAGCUGUUCUCAUUCAGGAAUAAAAUGGCCUUGUAGUUUAAGACCGUGUUUCCCAAGCAGUGGGUUGCCACGUCCAGGGUCAGAAUAACCCAUUGCUGAGCCCAGACUUAGGCUAAUAUACACUUUUCCCAGUUUGGUGCACAUGGGAGGCCCCAAUAUGGUAGGGGUGUUGGAGAGAAAACCUGCCCAGCUCUUGUCCUGUGGGACUUGGUCCAGUUCCCCAUGCUGGGUGUUGCAACUUGAUCCUUGUGGUUACAGUGGCACUCAAGUUUGGUGCAGCUACUCUAUCAUGAUAGAGGAGUAGAAGGGCCAAACAUGAAUGGCAUUGCAACCCUGUGUGCCAUGAUGCAGUGCCACUCAAAUUUGCUUGCCUACCCAAGUGGUACUGCAACCCCAUUCACUCAAAUUUAGCCUGGCCAUCCCUCUGUCAAACUUGGGGGGGCAUGCAAACCUGAGUGGUGCUGCAUCCUCAUGCACCACAUUGCAAUACUCACAGCUGGGGCCAACCCUCCUCCUCCCCACCCCCCCUGCCCCCAGGACAGGAGCUGCCACUGUGGCGUGAGUCUAGGGUGAGCUCAACUCUCCAAACCCUCCCCCCACCUCCUCUGGACCUAGAUGGGAUAUAGGGUUGCAGUGCUGGGGCUGAGGGUAAUGGUAGGUCCAAAAAAAGACAAAAUGCAGUUUGUGGCUCACAUUAAUAAGUUCAGGAACCACUGGUUUAAUCCUCAAUCUUUAGCAGAGAAUUAAACUAGCGGAUAAGGCUGCUUUAUUCUUGCAUGAGAGCAUCUAUGUGAGUGGUUAAUAGGCUUUAACUUAUGCACAUCAAUGCAAGGUUAAGUUGAUUUGUCAACUUUCCGGGAUGUGCCUGUAUAGACAGCAAUAGGCCCUCACUGACUCUAAGGUACAAACUAUUUUAGCUUUAACAACAUAAGUGGCCAAUAAAAUCCUGCUAUAGAUAAUUGGAAGCUAACUAUAGGGUGUUGGAAUGUACUACCUUUCAAAGUCUAAUGUAGACAAGGGCAGUGUGCUUUAACUUGAGCACAUAUUGAAGCAGACUGCACUGUGCACACUAGAGUAACUGUGUAUUAGUAUGGGUUAGAACACAUUUAGCUAGCAAUAUACCUUUAAAUCACAGUUUAGACAAAGCCUGAGAGCCUGUUACCCCUGUACACAUGGGGUAGAGUCCCCUUCCAUUAUAAAAGAAUGACUUUUGUGAAAUAAGCUGCCAUACAAGACAUGUUAAGUCCAGUGAUAAAGAGGUACAACUAAAUAUCUCUAGCUACAUUGCUAAUUUCAGACAGCUCCUAAAGUUGAGCAAAAUUUGAUCUCACAUUUAGAAUUAUGGGGGUGUUAAAGCCAGGUUUAUCCAUAAAUAUUUUACCAAAUAUUCAAGUAAUGUCCAAAAUACCUGCACAGCAUGUAACCUUCACCAGUAUUUGGCACUUUCAGCUAGAACUGUAGAUUUUGCUGCUCAUGUGACUGUAGCAUACCUAAACUCUUAAGAACUGCCAUCACAGUUUAAGCUGUGAGUAUGGCAUUAUGGAGUGUAUACCAAAUGCUUCUAGUUGCAGAGCAUUCAUGAGGAAAUAAAAAUCAGGUUGUUGCAUUUAAGUUAAGGCCAGUACAUAGUCUUUCCAGGGGAGAAGGAGAAGCAUGUAUCUCUCUCGAUUACUGGCACUAUGUACAGUGAAACCUGUUGUUCAAAAUUCAGGAUAAAAACACUACCAGUAACAAUUUAUGAAUACUUAUUUACACAAGAUACUUUUCGUUAGAAUUACAGACUUCAAAGUAAACAAAGGAAUAUGUGCAAUUUUGCAGAAGCAUUGAAAACAUUCAAAAUUAUAAAUAUUUUGAUAGCAUUACCAAAAUUCUUAGUUUUACACACAGGCUGAUGUUGAUCUACUGAGGAAAAACUAAGGUUUUGUGCCACAACUAUAAAUUAAGUACAGUAAUUUAUAAUCAUUCUGGCAACAUAGGUAUCUGCACUGAACAGUGCAAUACUACUGAAUCAAUCCACUGAUCUAUUGAAGAUCAAAGUACAAAUCUGUAUUUUUAUUGAUUUGGCAGCGUUGCUUAUGGAGAAACAAAUGCACUAGUCAAACCAGCACAUUUUCAUACUGCGCCAGUUACAAAAACAUCCAAGACUUUCAUAUUAGCUACAAAUGUAUCAUAACUCCAUUAUUUUACCCCAAAUGAUGACAUCCAUGUGAAUUUUAUAAGCAAAGAUACUCCGUUUGGAUCCUUCAUUCUGUUACACUGACAAACAUACACCACCACUUAAUAAAUAGAAAUGCAGCAGUUCAUUCACAUAAUAGCAAGAUUUUCGUACCCUAAUCCACCACUGCAGUUCAGUUUGUACAAAACAGUCUUUUCUACAGAGUGGAAAAAAUACCUUCUUUUUAUCAAGGUGCGAGCUAAGCUUUGAAAAUUAAAUGAAUGUGCUUUUAUUCUUUUUAUGGACAAUAAAAGUUUCAUGAACUUUUUCCAUUCUAUCUGAAAA